GCCAUUGCUUGAAACAAUACUGGUAGAGGCUAAAACACCAAAAUGAAUGCUUCAACAUCGUUACUUUUCUUUUUUGCCACUGUUAUCGUUGUCCUUGUUGCUCCGGCGAUAGCUGACGAUGACGUCGAGAUCACAAAAUGCACUCCCACUGCUGACUACUGCUGGAGCUGUUCCGGUAGUAAUACUACUAAUGCCACGACCGCCUACAAACAAAACCUCAACACACUCCUCCUCUCUUUGUCUUCCAACAACCAAUCCAACAACUAUGGCUUCUUGAACUUGACCAUGGGAACUGGCACCAACAAAGUGAACAUUAUGGCACUCUGUAGAGGAGACCUUGCCCAAAACCAGUGCCGUACUUGUUACAGUGAAGCCAGCAUCAUUCUCUCGCAGAACUGCACUAAUCAGCUGUACGAAGGUAUCAUAUGGGCGCAGGGUUGCACUGUUCGUUACUCCAACAGCACCAUAUUCGGAAUCGAAGAAGACGAGCCCCUUCAGUUGCUGUCGAGCCCUAACGGUGUGCCAAACGCUGCAGACUUCAAGCUGGUGCUUAAUCCCUUGUUGAAAGCUUUGGUCCAAAAUGCAUCAUCGGGGGAUUCGAUGAAGAAAUUUGCAGCAGGGCAUGCGCCUGUGCCUGCAGGAAGCGCAACAAAUCAAACCAUAUAUGCAUCUGUUCAGUGCAGUCCUGAACUGGACAAGCAAACAUGCAGCGACUGCCUUGAAGAUUCUAUUGAGGAUAUUCCCAAAUGUUGUGAUGGAAAGGAUGGAGCGAGGAUUCUUAAACCUAGCUGUAUUUUGAGGUUUGAGAAAGGAAUGUUCUAUGAGCCUGGAGCUGAUUCGCUGGUAAAUAUUACUACAGCCAGUCCGUCCCCUACAGCCACUCCACCACCAAUCACUCCGACGCCCUCAGCCACUCCAACACCAACCACUCCGACACCAUCAGCCACUCCAACACCUACCACUCCAACACCGACGGCCGCAGAAGGGAAUAGCACGAGUAACAUCACGAUAAAAGUGUCACCAUCGUCCUUCUUCCAAUUGCUGUUGUUAGUAUUAUGCUUAUCAUCAGCACUGGCCUUGGUUUAGGACAAGAGGCUUGGGAAGGGCCAAACAUGGAAGUUUAGAUUUGUGCAUGCACGUAUUUGUUAUUGUCUGGAUGUGGAAUCUUAAGUCGUGAGAAAUGAGAUGUCCUAUUCUUUGUUAUUGAAUUAAGCAGAAGUACGUUGUAACUUUAUUUACUUUGAAAUAAUAUAUGCUACGCAUAUCGGCACAUA